AUGCUGGCCGCCGCAGGCCGCGCGGGCGCCGCGGGCACCUGCCCGGCUCGCCCUGCCCUGCCCGGGUCUCAACUUCGCGCGCGCCGCCGGGGGGACCCUACCGGGCCAUGGCCCCGCCGUCCUCCCAGCCCGCACGCCGGGGACAGGUGCUGCGGGUGCCGCCGCUCGCCUGGAAAUGCGAGCUACCUGGACAGGACUUACAGAAACCCUCGGUACCCAGCCAUGGGCCCGAGACACCAUCAGGCAAAAAGAAACCUACCUGCGGCUACCUGUACCGCCGGGACACUGACCACACUCGCAAAUGCUUCGACGUGCCUCCUGCCAACGUGGUCUUAUGGCGCACCUAGGCUGGUGCCAGCCAGAAGCCCUCCACACUGUACCUGCCUCCCCGGGGCCGCCGGUCCCAGAGGGAAAGGGCUGAGUGCUCCAGGAGGAGCAGCACCUGCCUGGGCUGAGACAGCUGCGCCAUGUCCACCUGCUGACAGUGGCAAGUGGGGGGAGGUCUCUUAGCAGCAAUUAAAGUUGGUGCUUCUUCUUUAUGGGUGGCUGUGGACGGGAAGCUGAGGCCAGGGGAGUGCUGUACAGCAAGGUUGUGCCCAGAAGGGCUUGAACACUUGGAAGGACAUGGUUCUCAGUCUCCCCAGCUCCCCUCCAAAGCCCAAGUCCUGAGUCCAAGUCCGGCAAGCCCUCAGAUGUAAGAAAGACACACGUCGGCAGAACACGACUCUGCUCUCUUCC